AUGGUUCUGGAUCCUUUGAGCGCUAUAUCUCUGGCUGGAACCGUGUUGCAAUUUGUCGAAUUUACAAGCAAGCUUCUGAUAAAUGCUCAUGAGCUCUUAAAAUCACCUGAAGGGGCUCUGGAGUCGAAUAGCCAGCUUGAAUUCCUGACCGCAGACCUAAAGGGAAUUACUGGAAAGCUGAGAACGCCUUUGCGUGAGGCUGCCCUUGGAUGUGGUUCGAAGGAGGAAGCGGAAUUGAGAAAAGUAUGUGGAGCGUGUGACGGUGUCGCAACUGAGCUAUUUGAGCGGCUAGAAGGCUUGAAAAGAAACGGGCACCAUCAAAAAUGGAGUAGCUUGCAGAAAGCAAUCAAAACGGCAUGGACCAAAGAUGAGAUCAGUGCCUUAACAUCGCGGAUGUCAGCUUAUAAAGACGCCAUCCAGUUGCAUGUAUUGGUUGGGCUAAGAUCAAGUGUUAGCUUUACUACAACAGAAAUGGCUAAACGUUUUGACCGAGUGGACCAAAACACACGAGACAUCGUUGCCUCACUUUCAUCUACUCGGAAGCUUCCGGAUCCUUAUCCGGCGACUCGAGACCGUAUUAUUACGGAGCAUCUUGAGAAGCUUGAUUCUCGAUUGCUAACCAUCUUUCACGUCCUAAACCAGGCUGGCGAAGAGCUCCGCCAAGGAAGCUCUCAUAAAAACCCGCCCAGAGUCAAUACCGCGGUGUCAACGUUCGACAACAUUGAGAACGAACCCCGAUUGGAGUAUAGUGAGGAGAAAGUGAGACGAAACGCCGAAGAACCCAUACUGGACAACUUUCGAUUCCCCGCAAUGGACGACAGACUAGACCAAGUGACCGAAGCCCACCGGGAAACAUUCGAAUGGCUGUUCAGGGAUCAAGAAGAGUCUGCACCAUGGGGGAACUUCGUGAAAUGGCUUCAGUCCGGGGAGACUAUAUAUUGGAUUCAUGGGAAAGCCGGCUCUGGAAAAUCCACCUUGAUGCGAUUUAUUUUUGGCCAUCCUAGAACCCUGCAAGAACUGUCAAUGUGGUCAAACAACUGUCUGAAGGCCGGAUUUUUCUUUUGGAACAGCGGAAGCAAAGAUCAACGAUCACAUGCCGGGCUCCUUCGGUCUCUUAUCGUUGCAAUACUUGAACAGUACAGAUCUUUGAUACCACUGCUUUUCCCCUUGCAAUGGGCACACAACUAUGCUGAGGCGGUCAAGGAAACGAAUCAAUUCAUCAAUAAAACUUGGACAUAUCCUGAGAUUUCAGCUGUAUUCGAGGAGAUCAUAUCUCAAGAUACCGUGAAGUUCAAUAUGUGCUUAUUCAUUGAUGGUCUAGACGAGUAUGAUGAUAACAAAGACAAUAUUAUUGACUUUGUUUUAAAACUCAGCCGCUCAUCUAGGGUCAAACUUUGCGUCUCCAGUCGUCCGCUUCUGGAGUUCGGGGAUGCGUUUAGCAGUUAUCCGAGUUUGAAGCUGCAAGACUUGACUGUCAGUGAUAUAGAGAAGUACGUGUCUGACAACUUGGCUGCAAAUACCCACUAUCAAAUUCUGGCAUCCAGAGAACCCACUAAGGCGCCAGCGCUUGUCCAAGAUCUGGUACAUAAGGCACAAGGUGUGUUCCUGUGGGUCAAACUUGUCACUCAGUCUCUCAUUAGCGGAAUGAGGAAUCGCGAUACUAUCUCGGAUCUCAGGCGAAGAUUGGAUGAUAUACCAGGUGAUCUGGAGGACCUCUACAACCAUAUGCUGUCAUACAUCCAUCCAUUCUAUCUGCAGCACGCAUCUCGGCUUUUUCAAAUUGUCAACGCUGCGCAGCAAGAGGCUAAAAUCAUUGGAAGAGAAGAUGUUGACCAGUUGCCUCUCACUGUCUUGGCGCUUUCAUUAGCUGUCGACGAAGAUUCAACUUUAGCAAUUACAGCCAGAAUACUUCCAUUAUCCGCAGACGAAAUCAGAAGCCGAUGCCGACUUAUGGAAGAUCGACUGAAAAGCCAGUCUGCCGGUUUGCUGGAAGUACAGGGGCCUGCGGAAGGUCUGCACGUCAGUGAAAUGAGGUUGUCGAGAGUUGCUGAAGGAGAUUUGAAAGUCCAGUAUCUUCACCGUACAGCGCGCGACUAUCUCAAUCGCGCAGAUAUUUGGUCUAAACAGCUUGACCGGACCAAGGGCAGUAGCUUUAACCCCCACGUCGCAAUGUUGAGAUCUUACAUCCUUCUGCUAAAGGGAGUUGUCGCUUCCUGGACAUCAAAAAAACAGGCACGUCUGGCAUAUCUUGCUUUAGAGCACGCAUCAUUCGCCGAUGUCCAAACUGGAGAGUCUAACUUUGAGCUUUUGGAUGAGUUGGAUCGCACUAUGAAGGAUCAUGCAUCCACUUGGACGGGGAAUCAUUGGACCUCACGACAGUUUGAUGCGAUAUCACCUCUUGGCUAUGAGUCCUUCAUAUCUGCAGCUGUCAACUAUGGACUUUGUGCAUAUGUUCGGAUCAAAGUUCUCACAGGGCAUCAACUCACAUCCGGCUCGAAGCAAGGGAAGUUAUCUCGCCAAAAAAUACGUCCUCUUCUCGAUAUCGCCGUAAAUAACAAUGACCCAAAAUUUCGAUUAGCACCAGGGAGUAGCAAUAUGGUCUUUCUACUUCUCCAGAGAGGUGCUAAACCUAGCGAUAUGUAUUUGAAUGCAACAAUCUGGGAGCGAGCCUUCUUUGGGGGCGAUGGACUUCUUUCUAAUCAAGACAAACUGGGAGGACGAGGAGGAGCGAUAUGGCUGGAUAACCUUCGACAGCGGCUCGCGGUUGUCGAUUUACUAAUUCAAUACGGUGCUAAUAUUAAAUUGUCCACAGAAGCUGAUGGAAUGACGCAGACUGCGCUGAAUCGAAUCCAAGCCAUGGAUUUCUCGACUUUCUUUCCAAAGGAAACGGGUGAGCUGAUGAAUCGACUCAAAUAUACCGACCCGAAAGGACAUACAUUGAGCGUACGUAGUAAGGGUGGAUUUAGAUCAUUAUUUGGAGUGAUUGGAAAACAUCGUGGUUGGUAG